AUGACAAUCUCAUCCUCUGAGAACAAACAUGUGGUAGUAUAUGUUUUUCCCAUUGGUAGCCAUCCAAUUCCACUCUUGAGCCUUGUUCUCAAACUAGCACAUGCUUCACCAAACACAUUUUUCUCAUUCAUUGGCACCCAACAAUCUAAUCAACCUCUUUUUACAAAACCAAACAUCCCAAGUAACAUCAAGUUUUAUACUAUUAGUGAUGGUGUUCCAGAGGGUCAUGUACUUGGUUUCCACCCAAUUGAAAGAGUCAACUUUUAUCUUCAAGCUGGUCAUCAAAAUCUCCAAAAUGGAAUAGAUUUAGCAGUUGCUGAUACAAAAGAGAAAGUUACAUGCAUCAUUGCUGAUGCUUUUGUUGUUCCUUCUCUUGUUGUAGCUCAGAAACUCAAUGUUCCAUGGAUUGCCGUUUGGCCUCCUUUAUCAUGCUGUCUCUCUGCGCAUUUUCAUACUGAUUUUAUACGUCAAAAAUGUGCUGAGAACAAUGCUAAAGAUAGAUCUUUGGAUUUUCUUCCAGGUUUGUCUAAGAUGAGAGUUGAAGAUUUGCCGGAAGAUAUCAUCAACGUGGGUGAAGAUGAAGAGACACUAUUUUCAAAGACACUUGCUUCAUUGGGUGAAGUGUUGCCUAAAGCUAAAACAGUUGUUAUGAAUUUCUUUGAGGAAUUAGAUCCACCUUUGUUUGUGGAGGAUAUGAGAUCAAAGUUGCAGAAGAUGCUUUAUGUUGGUUUUCUCACUCUUUCAAUUCCUCUACCACCUUUGCCACCAUCUGAGAGUGAUGAAACUGGUUGUCUCUCAUGGUUGGACAAACAGAAGGGCACAUCAGUAAUUUAUGUUAGCUUUGGAACUGUAGUGACACCACCUCCAGAUGAGCUUGUUGCACUGGCAGAGGCAUUGGAAGAAAGUGGAUUUCCAUUUCUUUGGUCACUAAAGGAUCAUUUGAAGGGUGUUUUGCCACAAGGGUUUGUGGAGAGAACUAGUGAUGUUGGGAAAAUUGUUGCUUGGGUGCCUCAAACUCAAGUUUUGGGACAUGAUUCUGUGGGAGUGUUUGUGACUCACUGUGGAUGUAAUUCAGUUUUUGAAAGCAUUUCUAAUGGGGUGCCUAUGAUAUGUAGGCCAUUUUUCGGAGAUCAUGGAAUGACAGGAAGAAUGGUGGAAGAUAUUUGGGAGAUUGGUGUGAAGAUUGAAGGUGGAGUGAUUACUAAAAAUGGGUUGUUGAAGAGUUUGAAGCUGAUUCUUGGGAAGGAAGAUGGAAACAAAAUGAGAGAAAAUGCUCAAAAGGUGAAACGUACAGUGCUAGAUGCAGCUGGACCAAAUGGUAAAGCAGCACAAGAUUUCAAGACUUUGGUGGAAAUUGUUUCUAGCUGA